UGAGUAUGGCCUGCUCAUACAAUACAAGUCCAAUUUCCUUAAGAUGAAGACGACGAAUCAAUCCCUCUUUCUCUCACUCUCACUCAUCUCAUUCCGUGUUUCUCUCUCUCUGUCCUCAAAAUUUCCUGGUAAUUUCUUCCCCAAAUGAUCCCAAUUCGAGGCUGAGAUUUGAGAUACCCUUAGCUUAUUCCCUUUUCUGCUCCAAUGGCUGCAAUUCUGACCUACCCCCAUCUCCCCGCCGAAGAUAUUCUUCCCUCUUUCAGGCCUCCGUUGGGCCGCUCCGUGAGCUCCGGCGCGGCCGGAGUUGGCGCAGUGUAUGUGGCGGUGGGGAAGUCGGUGGAAAAGGCCGUGACAUUGCUGCGGUGGACUUUUACUGCGUUUCCUGGACAGGAGAUUUGCCUGCUUCACGUUCAUCGCCCUUCGCCUCUCAUUCCAACUCUCUUGGGAAAACUCCCGGCUAGUCGAGCGAAUCCGGAAACUGUGGCAGCUUAUAGACAUGAAGAAAGGGAAGAGGCUGAGAAGUUGUUGUCCACUUACUUGAGGACAUGCAACAAAUCGAGGGUUAAAGCGAGCGUAAUUGUAACUGAAGCUGAUGAAAUUCAGAAAGGAGUUGUAGAUUUAGUCAAUCAACACAUGAUCAGGAAACUUGUCAUCGAAGCCACUCCAUGUUUCAUGAAAGGGAAACGGAGCUCCUGCAAGACGUGCCAUGCUGCAAGAAAUGCCCCGUCUUAUUGUGAGAUUUUUUUUGUGAACAAAGGAAAGCUAAUCUGGACAAGAAAGGCAUCUGUGAGCCCAGAAAUUGUUUUACCAAGCCCUCACAUGGCCACUGCUUGCGGACAAAAUUUAAGGUCUUGGUCUUUCAAUUCCGGGCAGAAUGAGGUACAAAGAGAAGCAUCUCAACCAGAGAUAACCUUAUUGACUGGUGUUUCACCCUGUGAUGAAAAUAUAUACGAUCAACGACACGGGCUUUGUUCAUCGUCAUCAAUGAGUAGAACCUCUGGAAAAUUUGAAUAUGUCACUUCUGCAGAAUCAAGACGGUCUUGCAGCUCAAGUGCAAGGACUCUCGGCAACUGCUCCUUUGAUCGACAUAAGGAAUUGACAUUUGAAGCUGACAAGUCAAAUGAUGAAACUAAUGUAAUGCUCCUGGAGCAGAAACAAUUGGAAGCAGAAGCUCUCGAAGCAUUUGAUAAGGUUAAAGCUUUGGAAAUGGCUGUGUCACAUGAAGUUAAACUAAGAGUAGAUGCUGAGGGUGAAUUUAGAACUACGGCGCAAGAGCAAGAAAGGCUUUUAGGAGAGAGAGAGAAACUAACUCGACAGCUACAAAAGACUAUGAGGAGUAUAGCUGUUCUAGAUUGCCAGGCGCACGAAGCAAGCCGCAGGUGUCAAGAAGUUGCUGCAGAGUUAAGGCUGAUUCAGGCUUCGAUUGCGGCUUUACAUAAGGAAAAGCUGAAACUCCAAGAGCAGAAAAUUGAAGCUAUGACAUGGCUCGACAGAUGGAGAAAUCAUGAACAUUGUGUGGUAGAUGUGAAUGGAAACCAAUUUGUUGAAUUGGUGACAGAGAAUUCUGAGGUGCUGGAGUUCUUGUUGUCGGAUUUGGAGGCGGCUACUUGCGAUUUCUCUGAAAGCUUCAGGAUUGGACGGGGAGGAUAUGGAGUUGUGUACAAGGGAGAAAUGCUCGACAGGACCGUCGCGAUCAAGAAGCUGAAUUUGCAUAAUAUGCAGAGACAGACAGAGUUUCACAAAGUGGUUGAAGUUCUUAGCAAACUACACCAUCCUCGUCUCGUGGAAUUCAUCGGAGCAUGUCCGGAAUCAUGGUUGCUCGUCUAUAAAUAUUUACCUGGUGGUAGCCUCCGAAAUUACCUUUCCAACAAUCACAACGUUGCCAUCCUCAACUGGAAGACCCGAGCACAAAUUGUCGCGGACAUAGCCGGUGGCCUUCUAUUCCUGCACUCCUUCGCGCCUACGCAGAUUGUCCAUGGAAACUUGAAGCCCGAAAACUUACUCUUAGAUUCCGAAUUCAGAUGCAAAAUAAGCGAUUACGGAGAUCACAUGCUGACGCCGAACCAGACCCUCCGUUGCCCCAGCUUUCGCCAUUGUUCGGGAUCGAGUGGUGCUUUCUUGUACACGGAUCCGGAAUAUCAUAGAACGGGAAUGCUGACUUAUAAGUCGGAUAUAUAUUCAUUCGGGAUGAUCAUACUUCAGCUUGUCACGGGAAACACUCAUGGAGGAGUAGUCGCCAAGGUGAGCCGAGCAUUGUCCAGUGGGAAAGUUGCUUCUGUUUUGGAUUCAUUUGCCGGAGAAUGGUCGAGUUACGCCGCUCGGAGAUUGCUGGAGUUGGGAUUGCAGUUCUCCGAAUUGAACGGUAGAGAUAGACCCGAGCUGACUCCCUCGCUCGUUAAGGAGCUCGAGCAUUUGCCGUUCUUGGAAGAGCAAACCGUGCCGUCCUUUUUCUUGUGCCCGAUUCUUCGUGAAAUUAUGCACGACCCGAUGGUGGCUGCGGAUGGGUUUACGUAUGAGGGCGAGGCGUUGCGCGGAUGGCUGGAAAACGGGCACGAGACAUCUCCGAUGACGAAUUUGAAGCUAAGUCAUUUGAAUCUGAUUCCUAACCAUUCUUUGAGACUUGCUAUUCAAGAGUGGCUUGUGAAUCUGAAAAUGGAGUCAUGAGAUAAAUGAAAUGAGAUUUUUUGAUCUCUGAUAUACAGAUAGACAGGCAAUAUGGCAUGUAAGUGACUAAAUUGAGUAAGGAAAAUUUAUAGAUUUGUCCAUUUUAGCUGC